UCCAAGACACCAGUCGAGGAAGUGCAGGUUGGGGACGAGGACGUUGAAACCUAAAAUGACCAUAAAUUUUGGAAUCAUUGCUUAUAUCGACAUGACUAGUUAGAUAUGUUUAUUAAAAUGUUUUUAGCUAGAAGGUAGUUGUUGCUCAUGAAGAACUUCAGUAAGGGGUUUAGUCUAAUUUAACAUAUUGGUUUUAUUGCGAUCGAAUCAUCUAAAGGGACUGAAAGCAUUGCUGAUUUACAUUUGAUUUACGUUGCAUCUUGUUUGACAGUAUUUAAGAUUUGAAGAGUUGGAAGAUGCAUUCUGUUAGACACAGCAGGUGGCUGUUCCACCUUGGUAAAUCACGAAGUGUGAACAUAUCAGUUUCCUGGCAUGGCAGCCAGACAAGACUGUUAAGUACUACCAAAACCUGCCGGACUGUUAUGCCUGCCUGGGUUAUCGAUAAAUAUGGAAAUAAUGAUGUGUUACGGUUCACCAAAAACGUCAGUUUCCCGGUCAUCAACUACCCAAAUGAAGUUAUUGUCAAAGUGUUCGCGGCAGGACUGAACCCACUUGAUGUCAGCAUGAGAGGCGGCUAUGGUGCUGCUACACUGUCCAUGAAGAGAGACCCUCUGAACAUCAAGCAGUCAGGCAACGAGUUUCCUCUCAUCCUGGGUAGGGAUGUGUCCGGUGUCAUCAUGGAGUGCGGCCUGGAUGUCAAGUACUUCAGAGAAAGGGAUGAGGUGUGGGCAGCCAUCCCACCAUGGAAGCAGGGCAGCUUGGCUGAGUUUGUGGUGCUGAGCGCCAAUGAGGUUUCCCACAAACCAAAGUCACUGAGCCACGCGGAGGCAGCGGCCAUUCCCUAUGUGGCAACCACUACCUGGUCGGCGCUGGUCAACACCGGAGGGCUCAGUAAGGACAACUGUGCCAAGAAGCGGAUUUUGAUCCUUGGAGGGUCCGGGGGAGUGGGAACAUUUGCUAUACAGAUGCUGAAAGCCUGGGGAGCCCACGUGACCGUUACCUGCUCCCAUAAUGCCGAGAAGUUUGUCAGGAGUCUGGGGGCGGACUGCGUGGUGGACUACACUGCUGGACCUGUUGAGGAGCCGCUCAGUACGCUGGAGAAAUUUGACCUGAUCCUGGAUAACGUUGGUGGGGACACAGAGCGGUGGGCGCUGAAUCUGCUUAAGCCUUGGAGCGGCGCCAAAUAUGUCACCCUUGUAACCCCGUUCCUCCAGAACACUGACAGGCUGGGCAUUGCUGAUGGCAUGAUGCAGACUGCAGCCACAGUGGCCACCAAGGCCCUUAAGCACCUAGUCAAAGGGGUUCACUACCGCUGGGGAUUCUUCGCACCCAGUGGUCCUGCACUGGAUGAAAUAAGGGAAAUGGUGGAUGCAGGACAGAUCCGGCCUGUGGUGGAGGAAACUUUCAGCUUUUCCCAGGUUCCUCAGGCCAUCGAGAAGGUGGAGAAGGGUCACGCUCGAGGCAAGACCGUGGUCCAGAUCAGCAAAGGCGGAGAGGACUGACAGCACUGCGUGGAAACUGCACAGUUUUCUGCACAGUCAUGACCAAGCUGGGUGAAACUAACUAAUAAUAGCUUACUGCAUCAACAACUGCAAAGAAUGUACAGUUAAGUUAUUACUGCAUCGUUACUGUUUCUCAUUGGGUUCUGUAGCUUAACUGUUUGUUUGUUGAGGCACUACAGCUUUUUUUAUAUUAUGUUGGUUUGAAUAAAAAAAAUAAAUAAG